UCAUUUAUGUGUACUGUUUGAAUUACAAGGACAAAGUUCAUUAAGAUCUGUCUCUAGAUAAAGUUGUGAAGCAUAAAUGGCGAAUACGGUUUAUGACAAGAAAGUUGUUUUUACAUCACGACAUUUCAAAAAAGAAGUCUUUGUAAAACUACAUACACAGAAUGUACCUAUAUGGAUUCCUUUACAAAUAACAGAGAAAAGCACACGAUCUUUGAUUUUGCACUUCAGUUUAGAUGACGGAAGUAAAACAUCACGUUCACUUGUUUUGACUGUUCCUUUACACGUCAACCUCUCCCCGGAUGUCAACGAUUACACAUGUGAAGCAUUAUUUCAAGAUUGCAGAGAUGGAAAGGAACUUAUUAAAGUGCUGAAAGAAACUUCAAAUGUGGGAUCAUUUUCUGUAGAUGUCACACAUACGCCUCCUUCUACAUAUACUGUAACAGACCUCAAAGAAUCAACUACUGAGACUGGAACACCAUUAUAUGGACCCUCACAAGUCUCCUCUCAGCUUGACUUCUCUAUACGUGACAUUCAAGAAGGACUUCGAAAACUGUGCAUUUUUUCUACUUCAACUGCGCGGAAUGGUCUGGUACCAUCAUUACACAAUGGUCUGGUACCAUCACUACACAAUGGUCUGGUACCAUCAUUACCACUAAGUGAUAUUUCAAAUAGCAAUGAUCACCAGGUUGAAAUACCCGUAACCACCUCACGAAAUAACAACAGGCAAAAUAAUGCUCUAAAAUGGCUAAGUCUUAUUUUUCUGAAGGACGUAGAAACAGGAGUAAUACUAUUAUACACGACAGAGGCGUCUCAGUUUACUUUCCCGUUCCAGCUUCGCCCUAUUUCUGAUUAUGAACUAAUGGUAUUUCGGGGAUGUCAAAUUCAGGAUAAUUGUUUUCUCAUUAAAGGGGUGACUCUUUGCUCAUUUAGAUCUUACAUGACGACACAAGAAGUCAAUAUGCUAUACGUAAGGGCUUGUUCACAUGUGUCAUCGAUGGGCAUGGAGCAAUUUGCUAAAUUUAUUCCCAUUUCACAUCUUUAUCGCAGCAAACCUAUACUACACUUUCUGAAUAUUUACAACAAUACAAAUGGAAUCAUGUAUAAAUAUAUAAAGAACUUUGGUGGAGAUCCGUCUUCAACCCUUAACAGAAAACUUCAUGGUCUGUUUUUCAGUGCAAACGUUGAUCCUCUAACAGGUCUACCUCCUGCUGUGUCGUAUUACGGAAACCAGAGAAUCCACAUUCCCGUGAGGUUCAUGAUUAACUCUGACAUAAACUUGUAUUUCGCAGACUUUUAUUGUCAUUACGUCAAUCAUCACGUGACUUUGGUUAUAACUGUAAAAGGAAGUGAAGCGGAUCUCUUUUGUAGUAAAAGAUUGAUGCCCCUAGAUCCAAACUUUAACGUGUUUCUGUUUCGGCGUCCACAUGAUCUGCAUGCCAUGGUGAAUUCAAAAGUCACAGUCGAAGUAUUUUACACAGAAAGUAUAAAUAUUGUUCAGAUGUUAAAAACCCGCUGUGCUUUUUUAACAUCUGUAACUCAGAAAGGUAAUGCUGCUCUUAAAACAGCAGUGGGUCUCCCCAAAAGACAGGACUGUAAAAUAUGUAAUCUAAAAACUAAUUCAUGAACCUUUUAUUUUUAUCAUUAUUAGAUACUAACUUUUUUUAAAGGUUGAUGAAAAUUGAUUUCAAAAACUGAAAUUAUUACAUUUGUUAUGAAGCAAGAUUUUAGAAUAUGGAUUAGAUAGGUCCUUAAUUGUUACAUCGUUAUUUCGAUGAUUUGCAGUGGUGCCUUAAUUAAAAGAUUAUUAAAGUCAGGCCCGUACGUAGGAACAGUAUGAACCAAUAAUUUGCCAGCAUAUACUUUACUAUAGAAAACAAGGCCAAUUUCCAGUUGUGCUCCCUCAAUAAUUUGGCCAGUAUACACUAUACGUUAAAAAAUCUUCACUGUUUUAUACCCCUUCAAAAACGUCUGAUUGCUUUUUUCCUUAUCUUGUCAAGAAUUUCUGUUAACGCCCCCACCUUUUGCAUGAAUUUGAAUUGUUUAUUAAAAACGUAUGGCAUUUAUUAGACUGGACAGUAAACAUAACAUUUUUUCU